GGGAGGGCGGGCGGGGCGGAGGGGCGGCCUAGGCCUCCGCCCCCAGAGGUCAGCUCGUUGCUAGUCCCUGCGCCGCGGGUAACUUUGCUAGGUCUUAUCGCUGUCGCCGCUUUUGUCUCCGCAGCAUGGCUUUCGUAACCCGGCAGUUCGUGCGCUCUGUGUCCUCCUCGUCCACCGCCUCGGCCUCGGCGAAGAAAAUCAUCGUCAAGCACGUGACGGUUAUCGGCGGCGGGCUGAUGGGCGCCGGCAUCGCCCAGGUUGCUGGAGCAGCUGGUCACACAGUAGUGUUGGUGGACCAGACAGAGGACAUACUGGCAAAAUCUAAAAAGGGGAUUGAGGAAAGCCUUAGGAAAGUGGCCAAGAAGAAGUUUGCAGAAAACCCCAAGGCGGGUGAUGAAUUUGUGGAGAAGACCCUGAGCAGCAUAUCAACCAGCACGGACGCAGCAUCUGUAGUCCACAGCACGGACCUGGUGGUGGAGGCCAUCGUGGAGAAUCUGAAGGUGAAGAACGAGCUCUUCAAGAGGCUGGACAAGUUUGCCUCUGAACACACGAUCUUUGCCAGCAACACUUCCUCUCUGCAGAUCACAAACAUAGCCAACGCCACCAUGAGACAGGACCGAUUCGCCGGGCUCCACUUCUUCAACCCGGUGCCCUUGAUGAAGCUGGUGGAGGUCAUUAAAACACCAAUGACCAGCCAGAAGACUUACGAAUCUCUGAUAGACUUCACCAGAGCCCUGGGAAAGCAUCCUGUUUCUUGUAAGGACACUCCGGGGUUUAUUGUGAACCGUCUCCUGGUGCCGUACCUCAUGGAAGCGGUCAGGCUGUAUGAACGAGGUGAUGCGUCCAAGGAGGACAUCGACACUGCCAUGAAGCUGGGAGCUGGGUACCCCAUGGGCCCAUUUGAGCUUCUAGAUUACGUGGGGCUGGAUACUACAAAGUUCAUCAUGGACGGGUGGUAUGAAAUGGACGCAAAGAACCCCUUGUUUCAGCCCAUCCCGUCCUUGAAUAAGCUGGUAGCAGAGAACAAGCUGGGCAAGAAGACUGGAGAAGGAUAUUACAAGUACAAGUGAGGCACAGCUGCUCCGGCUCCGGGAGGAACCCCGUAAGCACGUACCAGCAGCUCCCCCAAGUGCCACGGGAACGUUCUCUGGUCAGAUGUUCCCUCUCACAGCACAGUCUGUUCGCUGUGCGUUUUGUGACCUGUCUGAAGUAAUUAUUUACGCUAGUUAUCGUAAUGGCAGAUUUCUCCAUUGAGAACUAAUUUCCCUUUUUCAGUCUGUUCGUUUCUGUGUAUUCUCUAAAAAGCUUUACACCCUUGGUGCCUUGGAGCAAACAUUUCUUCUGAACCUUACCUGUUCAUAAAGAAUUGCCUGGAUUCGUUCCCUUGUGAAGGGGCACUUGCCCCGCGUGCCGCUGUGCUCACCGUUGGCACACGGG